ACCAAGACGUGUGACGUGGAUCCCAACAGAGAUCCAGAACACAAAAAGACAAAAAAAGCCCACAAGAAAGCAGAGAAAACCAGGGAGCUGUUGCAGAAACGCCUCAAAACCUUCGAUGAACCUUCAGCUCAGGAGCCACGCAAACGCAGACUAGCAUCGCUAAACGCCGAGGCGCUCAACAGCCUUCUGCUCGAGAAAACCGACAGACCGUCAGGCGCCAAACUCACCAAGAAACAAACCACUACAGAGCAAACCAAGACCUGCUCCAAAAGAGCCAGGAAGACCGAGACGUGCCCAAACCCCAAGAAGGAAGAGGAAGUGAGUAUGUACGCUCCUGUUCCCCGACGCUUGGCAGGACUCAAUGCCGCCGCGCUGCUAAAGCUCACCAGCUCCACCGCAAACAAGCACAGAAUCAGAUCGGACAGACACAAAGCAGCGCACAAGCCCAAGAAACCACAGCCAGAAUCACAAGACGCCUGCCAAGUGUGCAAAACCAGGAGCUUAAAGUCAACACUGACUAAACCCGGAUACCAGAGCAUGCUGGGAUACGGUCCGGUGGAGCUGGUGAAGGAGGAGGCGGAGCUGAGUCCGUGUUUCUGCUGUCCGCCGGAGUAUCUGGCGCUCUUCCUCGACGAGGAGCACCGGGUCAAGCACGAGUGCCUGGUUCUGUGUGCUGACCCCUGCUGCUCCAGCUACUACGUCCACAUCGCUCACCCCGGGCCGAGUCUAAGCCCCGCCUUCUGCUGCCGCCCGGCCUGUGGGGUCAGAGGAUUCACCUUCAGCCGCCCGACCUGCCCCUGCUCCAGCUGCAGCCGUCCCAUCAAAACAGAAGAGGAGCACAGUCACGCGGUCUCCGGAUGUCCCAGCAUGCCCCGAGUGACCCCAGCCGUCCCCAGUCUUCUGUCCUCCAUGUCUGACCGCAGACAGGUAGAGGUCAGGCUUCAGAGGGGCAAAGAAUGCCCUCAAAACACCAAACCCCCCCACGGCUCGCUCACUACGGGCUACAGCAGAUCGUCCCAGAAGCGUCCCACAGGAAGUGCCGAACAGGAGCAGAAGGCCACGAACGGAUGGCGUCCCGUCGGAGUGUCCACGGAGAAGGAGGUGUUUAUAGCGGGCGAUGACGAGACGGUUCUCCGUCAGUGUUAUGAAGGAGUGGAGCGGGACGGAGAGGUGAUCCGGGUGCGAGACACGGUGCUCUUACGGUCCGGACCACGCAGGAAAUCUCUGCCGUACGUGGCCAAGAUCUCCGCUCUGUGGGAAGACCCCAGAACAGGAGAGCUGAUGAUGAGUCUGUUCUGGUAUUAUCGUCCUGAGCACACGCAGGGCGGCAGAGAUCCCAGCAUGCACUGCGAGAACGAGAUCUUCGCCUCCCGUCAUCAGGAUGAGAACAGUGUGGCCUGCAUCGAGGAGCGCUGCUAUGUUCUGCCGUUAGCACAGUACUGCAGAUUUUGUGCCUUGGUGAAGCGGCGCUCGGAGGGCGUGUCCGACCACGCCCCACUGAUGCCCCGCCCCUCUGACAGCGCUGGCCCCGCCCCCCGCCUGCUUCCCGACGGCGUGGAUCCGCAGCUGGUGUAUCUGUGCAGACACGUCUAUGACUUUCGCUACGGACGCAUCCUGAAGACCCCGCAGUGAAGGUGUGCUGGUUCUGUUCCUCUCUCUGUCAUGUUCACUGGACUGUCACACUGCUGAGGGCUGCAUGAUGCCAGAAGGCUUUCAGAAAAUAUCUCCACUGGUUUAAGACUAGACCACAGAUCCAGAUUAAAGGUCCGUUCACACUAAUGACGAUAUAACCAUAACUAUAAUCCAACCACAACUAUGACAACACAGAUGAACCUUAUAUGUGUCCCUGCACAGAAGCA